AUGGCGACUUAUGUUUCACCCUGUUUUACGCCUUCCGAUUCACGGUGGCUCACUGUUCUUAGAAAGAAUGUAUCACUGGAGAAUCAUUUAGGCAGGGUACACUCCUUUAGAAUGAUUGAGAGUAAGAAAAGCCGAGUUGUUGUUGCUGCUCAGAAAUCUGAAUCUUCGCCAAUCAGAAACUCUCCACGGCAUUUCCAAAGUCAAGACCCUUUCUUGAACCUUCACCCUGAGAUAUCGAUGCUUAGAGGUGAAGGGACCAAUACAAUAGCCAAUCCUAGAAAGGAAACUUCCGCAGUAGGGCCUGUUACUGAGGAUUUUGAAGAGCCAUCUGCUCCGAGCAAUUACAAUGAGGCAAGGAUUAAAGUUAUUGGUGUGGGAGGUGGUGGAUCAAACGCUGUGAAUCGUAUGAUAGAGAGUGAAAUGUUGGGCGUGGAGUUUUGGAUCGUGAAUACUGAUAUUCAGGCUAUGAGAAUGUCUCCGGUUUUAUCAGACAAUAGGUUACAAAUUGGUAAGGAAUUGACAAGGGGUUUAGGUGCUGGAGGAAAUCCUGAGAUCGGUAUGAAUGCUGCUAGAGAGAGUAAAGAAGCUAUUGAAGAGGCACUUUAUGGCUCAGAUAUGGUCUUUGUCACAGCUGGAAUGGGCGGUGGAACUGGCACUGGCGCAGCCCCUGUAAUAGCUGGAAUUGCGAAAGCAAUGGGUAUAUUGACAGUUGGUAUCGCCACAACGCCAUUCUCAUUUGAGGGUCGGAGAAGGGCAGUCCAGGCUCAAGAAGGGCUUGCUUCUCUCAGAGACAAUGUUGACACUCUCAUCGUCAUUCCAAAUGACAAGUUACUUACAGCUGUCUCUCAGUCUACUCCGGUAACAGAAGCAUUUAAUCUAGCUGAUGAUAUACUUCGUCAAGGUGUUCGUGGGAUAUCUGAUAUCAUUACGAUUCCUGGAUUGGUGAAUGUGGAUUUUGCUGAUGUGAGAGCUAUAAUGGCAAAUGCGGGUUCUUCAUUGAUGGGAAUAGGAACUGCAACAGGAAAGAGCCGGGCAAGAGAUGCUGCGCUAAAUGCGAUCCAAUCACCUUUGUUAGAUAUUGGCAUUGAGAGGGCCACUGGAAUCGUUUGGAACAUUACUGGUGGAACUGACUUGACAUUGUUUGAGGUAAAUGCUGCUGCGGAAGUUAUAUAUGAUCUUGUCGAUCCAACUGCCAAUCUUAUAUUCGGCGCUGUUGUGGAUCCAUCCCUCAGCGGUCAAGUAAGCAUAACCCUAAUAGCUACGGGUUUCAAACGACAAGAAGAAGGAGAAGGACGAACGGUUCAGAUGGCACAAGCAGAAACUGCCUCAAUUGGAGCUACAAGAAGACCAUCUUCCUCUUUUAGAGAAGGCGGUUCAGUGGAGAUUCCCGAGUUCUUGAAGAAGAAAGGCAGCUCUCGCUAUCCCCGAGUCUAA